GUGAGUCUUGCGAUAAAAUUGUAGAUAUGACUAUCAAUAGAUGCACACAGUUUGGCUUCGGAUCAGAAACAACUGGCACAGGCGAGAAAGAUGAAAGACCUUUUAUUCACCCACCUGUUUGCUCUGCGAGCGCUAUGAUUUUCGCCACUCGUUACAACAGGGUCGAAAUCCAUCGUACAGCAUUCGGCUUCGUUCGUGCACAGCUGUCGUCGUUAAUUACGGGGCUGGGAUUAAAUUGUUACGUUGUGCAUCUUUUGCGUAAGGCGCACGCUCCUCACCCUCUGAAGUCAAGUGCGAGCGCCGAGGGUCGCCUCGUACUAUCGUAAAUCGAGAAAAACAGUCAAACUCAAAUAGGUAAGCAGCCGUACAGACGCGCUUGGGCUUGCCAUGUCUACUCAAAGUGGAUUCGAGCUCUACUAGAUUGUCUUCUGAGUAAAGAAGUAGUAGACGCAGGAGAAAGAAGGUGACUGGGUUCAGCUAUUUUGCUUGUCAGUCUUAAAGUCGAUGGCUGCCAAGUAGUGCCUCGCUGUCACUUGAUCUGGCAACAACAAAAGCAAAAAAUGCAGAAUUUUGAAUCGCUCGAGUCUUGCUCGACCGCAACAACUGAGCGGAAGCGGCAGCAACUUAAAGAGUUGCAGUCCAAGCUCGCUGACCUCCGGUCGCGCCGCAGUCAGUUGGGCCACGAGGUGCAGCGCGCCGAGGAAAACGCGGAAGAAGAGCGCGAUCUCCUGCACCGAACGCAGGAGCGAGAGUGCAAACGGCUCCGGGCUGCGCGGGAUCUAUACCGGCACUAGCAGCGUCAGGUGUCAAGCAAAGCCUAUGAAGGCCUGCAUGUACCACGAAUCGCGGCACUUUCGUGAUGAUUAUGUUUGUAUUUUAUUACAGCCCUGCUUCUAUGCACUUGAUAUGAAGUAGAAAUUGAAAUUGUAUUUGUAUGUCUAAUAAGUGGACCGUGAUUGACGUUGAAAUCAAUAGUAAUAGCAAAGACCUCGUCUGCUUCGACAGGACGAAUUGAUCACGCUCUCUUAUUUAUUACCAAGGGUUUGCUUGGUUGCUAGCAUCAUGACCGUGUUACCAAACGACGUUUAGACUGUAACUACAAAAUCGCCAAGACCGAUUUGUCUUGAGAGGGUGCGGUCGCCCCUCCUACUGUAUUGCCCCAAAAU